GUCAGUUGUUGGCUUUUAGGACACAAACCAAGACACUGAUAGAGCAACGUUACCAGCAGUACCAGUCAUGAGUUCAGCUCUGUAUCUGAUUUUGCUUUUCUCAGCUCUGUGGACUCUCUCCUUCUGUGGGACUCGUCAGUUUCAUGUGGUGAAAGUAAAGAAGAACUGGACCAACGCUCUGAAACACUGCAAAGAGAAGUUCACUGACCUGGCCACCAUUGAGAGUAAAGAGGACAUGAACGCUGUAAAAGCUCUCGUCAGAGGGACAGCAGGCCUCUUCUGGAUCGGACUGAGACAGAAAAAUCUAAGGAACAGUGCUGUAAGAAAUCAUAGCUGGAUCUGGUCAGAUGGGAGUAACUCUACGUACAGAAACUGGAACACUAAAGAGCCAAACAACGGUUUGGGUGAUUACUGUGUGCAGUUAUGGAAAAGCCCUGAAUACAAGUGGAAUGAUGACAACUGCACUCACUCAAAUCCAUUUAUCUGCUAUAAAAAGCUUCCACUCAUCCUGAUUAAUCAGACCAAGACGUGGAGAGAAGCUCUGAGAUACUGCAGAGUGAAUCAUGUGGAUCUGGUCUCUGUUCACACUGAGAAAAUUCAGCACUGGGUGGAAACAGCUGUUUAUUAUGCCUCCACUGCUAAUGUGUGGAUGGGUCUGCGUCACACCUGCACCCUGAGCUUCUGGUUCUGGGUGAGCGGAGAGUUCACCUGCUACCAGAACUGGGCUCCGGGGAACGGGACAGGAGUGGAAGACUGCAGUGGAGGAGAAAGAACAGGAGCGGUGCAGUCUGGAAGUAAGAAGUGGGUCAGUCUGCCAGAGAAUCAGAGACUCAACUUCAUCUGCACCACCUCUGAGGGUGAGACAGAGGAUUCUAUAUCUGUCAACAGUUAAAUAUUUAUGGUGAAACAAGUCAAGUCAGCUUUACUGUCAAUACUACAACAUGUACAGGACAUACCAAGUAUUGAAAUUGCGUUACUCUCAGACCCCAUGGUGUAGCAAUAACAUUAAAUAGAAAGUAAACAGGAAAAGUGUGAAUUUAAA